ACUGAUGAAGUUGAUCACCUGUUCAUGUGUUUAUUGGCCUUUUGGGUAACCUGUCUGUGAAGAGUCUCUUCAUGUCUUUGCAAUUUUUAAAAAUUGAAUUAUUUGUCUCCUGAAUUUGUAGGAGUUAUUUUUUAGGUUUUAGAGUUGCUUGUGCUAUUUUUCAUCAUGGGCCUUCUUCAUUCUUGUGAUUUCCUUAAAUGUUAGUGGUCCUUGUUCAUUCAUGUUGAUAUAUGACCAGUUGAACAAUGUAGGAAUCCUAAAAACAUGGAUCACCCAUAUAUGCUUUGAGACAUACUUUCAAUGUUUUUUCUGGAAGCCCUGCAACUACCCUGAAAAUUUAAUGUACUGACCUAUGGCCAGUGGUGGCAGAGUCUGCAUAGAACUAUGCUUCGUGGUGUUCUGGGAAAAACCUUCCGACUUGUUGGCUAUACUAUUCAGUAUGGCUGUAUAGCUCAUUGUGCUUUUGAGUACAUUGGUGGUGUUGUCAUGUGUUCUGGACCAUCAAUGGAGCCUACAAUUAAAAAUUCAGAUAUUGUCUUUGCAGAAAAUCUUAGUCGACAUUUUUAUGGUAUCCAAAGAGGUGACAUUGUGAUUGCAAAAAGUCCGAAUGAUCCAAAAUCAAAUAUUUGUAAAAGAGUAAUUGGUUUGGAAGGAGACAAAAUCCUCACCAAUAGUCCAUCAGAUUUCUUUAAAAGCCAUAGUUAUGUGCCAUCUGGUCACGUUUGGUUAGAAGGUGAUAAUCUACAGAAUUCCACAGAUUCCAGGUUCUAUGGACCUAUUCCAUAUGGAUUAAUACGAGGGCGUAUCUUCUUUAAGAUUUGGCCUCUAAGUGAUUUUGGAUUUCUGCGUGACAGCCCUAAUGGCCACAGAUUUUCUGAUGAUUAGCAAGCAUUUAUUCUUUUGAUUUGAUUAUUGUCUCCUGUUCAGGUGAAUUUAUUACUGUCACUGAAAGCAUGUACUUACUAAUAAACUAUUUGAUACUCA